AUGGCAGAUACAACACAAACCCCUUCCAGAAGCACAACGCCACCCUCAGAACCUCCAAAUCCACUCCUCCGCCCCUCCCACCCAUUCAUCUCCGAUCUUGAGCAGGAGGUUCUUGAUGAAUACGCGCGGUUAUUGGGGAAUGUUAAUAAGCUCUCCACAAAACUCGCCGACCUCGCUGAAUCCCCCUCAUCCAUGACCCUCGACGGCCUCCGCCAGCUCGAGCGAAAGACAGCGACCGUGUGUACACUGCUCAAAGCGAGUGUGUACAGUAUCGUACUACAGCAGCAGAUGAUAAAUGAGGGCGAGGAAGCGGCGCAGCAGCAGCAUCACCUGCAAGAAGAAACGGGGUCUGUUCCUAUGGGCGAGGAGGGGUAUGAUGUUGGGGAUGUGAGUUAUCAAUAUUGA